AUGAGCAAGUUUAUGGAAUGGUAUAACAUGUCUACGGACGGCACAUUCAGCAUGGACCUGAUGGCAAAACGAGCGAAGAUUCGUAUGGACCAAACCAAGCAGAGCAAUCCAGAAUUCUACUACGGGCCAGUGACUGGAUUGAUUGCGCGCAAUGCCGGUUAUCUAUUCCCGGCAAGACUUUUUCGAAAUUAUUCACAGGAGAAUCCAGAGGGCGUUUUGACCAAGGAAAUAGUUCGUAAUUUCUUCGCCAUCUACGGCGAAGAAGGAAACUUUACCUAUCGGCAAGGAUGGGAGAGAAUCCCUGAGAACUGGUACAAGUCUCCAGUAGACUAUGGUCUGGUGAAACUUAACCUUGACACCCUUGACUGGCUCCUGAAGUAUCCCGAGCUUGGAAGUAUCGGAGGAAACACUGGAACCAUCAACAGUUUCACAGGAAUCGAUCUCUCUGAUGCGACAGGUGGCGUCUUCAACCUAACCACCCUCUUAAAGGAGAAUAACCUCCUCUGCUUUGCGUUUGAAGCCCUGAAAUUCCUCAGCCCGAACGCGCUGGCGGGGCUGUACAAGACCUUGUCUAUACCGCUGGAUAUGAUCAGUGUUGCGAUAUCCACAUCGCUGUUGAAUUUCUCGUGUCCCGCAUUCAAAGACAUGCAGAUUGGUGGAAAGCCAUUCUGGGAAGCUAUCCAGAAUGACUUUCCUGGGGCUGCGAAAAGCGGUGGCGCGUUUUGA